GCUGAGAAAAAAUUGCUGUUUUUUUCGAACACUGAUUCGCAAAAGUUUCAAACUGUCAAUCGAUAAAACAAAGUCGUUGAAUUGCGUAAUCGCCUUUAUGCUUGAAUUUAUUUGACCUUGAGUCAUUUUUUUAAAUGAGGAAGUGCUCAGUCCAAACAAUUUGUCAUUAUCAACCAAGUCAUCGAUUGUGGACAGUUUGGCUUUCUUCACUUCAAUCAACUGUUUCCGAUUCAGUCACCGAAUCUUGCCUAAAAAUGACAACGCAAGGGUUGAAUCAGUUCGCAAUGAAUACUGACACUCAAGGACGAGUUCCAGUUUACAGGAAGCAGUUGAGAGUUUGUGUGGACUAUAACAACAGUGGAGGCAACUGUCGCUUAGGGGAUUGUGAGUCGCUGCAUAUAUGUGCGGACUGGGUCCUCUCACAAUGUCCAAGUGGAACCGGAUGUCCCAAAAAUCAUAGGUUCAGAACGGAAUCGAUCAAACUACUUGAGUGUGGAUUCGAUCCUCGCGAUAGAGCUGCAUUUUGGCCCUACUUGUUGAAUGCUGUACAAAAGAUACAGAUGAGCACUUCGCCUGGGUCAGGACAAAUUCAACAGCCCUCAACUUUAGCCAGCCCUAAUAGCCAAACGCCGAGGAUGCCUAUGAUAAAUAAUCAGAACUUGGCCAGUAGUUUCUAUAAUUUGAAUGUGGCGGAUCAGAUUCCAAGUAUCUCUAUCAAUAACAGCAAGUUGAAUAGCGCUUUUCAAACAAGCGCUCAAAGUGGGUUACCGAAGAAUCAAACGGGCGCGCAGUUGAGUCCAAGUGAAGCUAGUAGCUCUGUCACUUCAGCUCGCUUAACGCCGCAAGCAUAUUGUGGUGGAGCUUCACCGACUGGUUGUUCUCAAUUCCAGUUUCCAGCAAACAUGAGUGUUUCGCCGACUGUUGGAACAAAUAUCGGAGCACUCAUCAGGGGCAACGCAGAGACAUUCCCUGCGAUCAACAGCCGCAACAUCUGCGAACCAUUUCUCGAGGAUGCGUGUCAAUUGGGUGACAGAUGUGUGAAUGUUCACCCGGAAGGAAAAACUGCAUUUUGCUGGAGGUACAAAGUUCCAAGUAGCUCGAUGUGGAAAAUCUUCUCCGUGGAGACCAAUCGUGUGUUGGAAGAACAAUUUGUGGAUCCCCGGAAAGACGCGGUCGAGGCAAUUUGGUUGGAUGACACUUUUGGAAAAGUGACUGUUUGUUUUGAAACUAUGACUGCGCAAGAGAACUCAAAUAUUACGUUUUCUAGAUUGGAAACGCGCAGCUGCGAAUGGGCGUGGUACCUCCAGCAUGAUUCGAGCUCCAAUGAGUGGUCCGAGUUUGGAACCCCAUUUGGGGAAAACUUUGGGACCUCAAUCAGGUCAUCUUUUAUUGAAUCUGUCUUGAGUUUCUUAACGGAUAAAGUCCGCUUGCCAUUUGUUCUCCACAUGGCACACGAACAAAUAUUUUGUAAUUUGGUUAUGGAACUGUUCGAAGAUCGGCACGUAGGAGCCAAGGUAUACAAUCAUAAAGGUGAAGAGAUGCAAAUACGUCCGAGACCUCGAGCGACUAGUUUUGAACAACUUGUCCAAGACAUGGUAGCCAAUCAGAAUAAAAUUCGGGAAGGUGCCGAGAAGUGGAGGACAGGGUCUUACCAAAAACUGGUCCUCAGAUCAAGAAGAGAGUAUGAUCCAGAAAAUGGAAGUCUAGACUCGUUCUAUCGAAUAGUAGAGAGUGCUUUCUUUCGAAAUGCGAAUAAAAAGAGCUUUAGUGUUCAUAUUGAUUGCGUUGACAUGUAUGUCAACCCCACACUUGAAAAAAUCUUCCUGGCGAAGAAAAAACAUUUCGAGGAAACGAGAGGAAAAGAAUAUGCGAAAGAACUUCUGUUGUUUCACGGGACUCCGAUGACGGAUCCAGAGCCGAUCAUGAGAAACAAUUUCAGCUUGGAUUCAGUUAAGAGAACCGUCUUUGGUUUUGGAAUUUACUUCUCCGACUUUCCAGAGAUGUCAAUGGUAUAUGCAAAAGGAGGAAGCCUGAUCAUGGCAAGAGUUCUGACAGGAAGACAAGCAGCAGCGCACCAAUGUCCAACGAUGGCUGCUAAUAAAGGAGCGAUUUGCCGCGAGCAUGAUACUCAUAGUGUGUUCCCACAAAAAGAUAAAUAUUCGUCAGCGGUGGUCAUUCAAGAUGUGGACCAAAUACUACCCGUGUUCAAUAUUCACUGGAAGUACGAUGACUCAACAGAUCAUAUUUCAAUACAAUUGUGAAUGACUAAUAAAAACAUGACUGCAAUUACUUAACAAAUUACUGAAAUGACUUUGUACUGAGAUUAAAGAAUGAAUUAUAAGCACUUACUAAUUAAGUUAUUAAAAUAUCU